UCCAGGAUGUGCAUGUCAUGAUCUUCGUGGGCUUUGGCUUCCUCAUGGUCUUCCUGCAGCGCUAUGGCUUCAGCAGCGUGGGAUUUACCUUCCUCCUGGCCGCCUUUGCCCUGCAGUGGUCCACACUGGUGCAGGGGUUCUUCCAUUCCUUCCACCAUGGUCACAUCUAUGUGGGUGUGGAGAGCAUGAUCAACGCUGACUUCUGUGCCGGGGCGGUGCUCAUUUCCUUCGGAGCAGUUCUGGGCAAGACCGGGCCUGUCCAGCUGCUGCUCAUGGCUCUACUGGAGGUGGUGAUGUUUGGCGUCAAUGAGUUUGUGCUCCUUAGCCUGCUGGGGGUGAGAGAUGCUGGAGGCUCCAUGACCAUCCACACAUUUGGUGCCUACUUCGGGCUGGUCUUUUCACGGGUCCUUUACAGGCCCCAACUGGAGAAGAGCAAGCAUCGCCAGGGCUCUGUUUACCAUUCGGACCUCUUUGCCAUGAUUGGGACUAUCUUCCUAUGGAUCUUCUGGCCUAGCUUCAACUCUGCACCCACAUCACUGGGGGAUGUGCAGCAUCGGACAGCCCUCAACACAUACUACUCCCUGACUGCAAGCACUCUCAGCACCUUUGCCCUUUCAGCCCUUGUCAGUGGUGAUGGGCGACUUGACAUGGUCCACAUCCAAAAUGCAGCACUGGCUGGAGGGGUUGUGGUGGGGACAUCUGGGGAAAUGAUGCUGACACCUUUUGGCGCUCUUACUGCUGGCUUCUUGGCUGGAACUAUCUCCACACUGGGGUACAAGUUCUUAACGCCCAUCCUAGAGUCAAAAUUCAAAGUUGAAGACACUUGUGGCGUCCACAACCUCCACGGUAUGCCAGGGGUCUUGGGAGCAUUUCUGGGAGUCCUUGUGGCUGGACUGGCCACCCAUGAAGCUUAUGGAGAUGGCCUGGAGAAUGUGUUUCCACUCAUAGCUAAGGGCCAGCGCAGUGCCAAAUCUCAAGCCGUGUACCAGCUUUUUGGGCUGUCUGUCACAUUGGUGUUUGCCUUUGUGGGUGGAAGUCUUGGAGGGUUCCUGCUGAGGUUUCCAUAUCUGGACUCCCCAUCAGAUUCUCAGUGCUAUGAGGACCAGAUUUACUGGGAGGUGCCUGGACAGCAUGAGCCAGAAGCUCAGACACCACUGAAUGUGGAAGAAUCAGACACUCGGGCCUGACUGCUGCCAGUUCUGGUGUCUUAUCCCUUUAGAAGAUGAGGAUGGCUCCUACUGGGAAAUCCUUUUCAGCUCCUGCUGCAGAGAAGUCCUGAGCCAAAAAGAUCUUCCUGCCUUUAGGCUGACUCCAUAAGAGACAGGUUGAAAGGGCAGGUCUAUAAUUGUGGGGACAGAGGGAGAGUCUCAUAUCUGCCAAUCCCUGCAGACCUACCAGCCUGGGCCUUGGGUAAAAGUGGCUGAAUGAGGUCUCAAAUGAUUCUGCUCUACUGGGCCAGUGUCAUAGAGUUACAGUGAAGCUGGAGGCAGAGGAUGAUAAACACUAUGAUCAAGGACUCUGACUCCUGUUUGGGUCUGAUGAAGGCCUUAAUGGGUCUGCAGACUACCCUGCAGGAUGCCAGGUGGGUGCCCCACCUGGGCUUGUCCUUGCCAGGGAUGGAGAGCCCAUUCUUUUCCAAGAUCCUGUGUCUGUUUCAGCAUACUUCGAACUGCCCCAAAAUUCUCCCCUGUCCCCAACUGCUAUCAUUUGGAUCCUAAAAUCUGACAGCCUCUGAAUAGGAAGAGGUCCCCAUAGAGCCCAAGAGAGACAUAAAAAGCUGUCUUCUACCAACCCCUAGAAGCUGGAAGCAGCCAUCAUCUCAUAGCCAUAUCCUGCAGAAAUAAGUGCCUUUCAUGGCUUGGGGCUGUGGUAGAGGAUGAGGAAGGCUGACCCAGAUCUUCUAUUGUCUUAAAGUCAUUUUACCACGAGAGGGCACUCCAGACCGAGGAGAAGAUGCUGCCUCUGUGUCAUCCAUGGUCCUCUACCAAGAGUGGAAGUCCUUCCUUCAGCCUAACCCUCUUCCUGUCUACUUCAAUUCUGCUUCUCAGGCAUCCACACCACCCACCUUUUUUGAGCUAAAUACUAAAUUCCUACCAAGGGCUUCAGAUCUCAUCCCAUGGAGAGUCCGACAUUCCAGUAGGCCUGAGCCCGAGCCCCUCCCACACUGAAGGACUAGACCCCCUUUGCCCUCUCUUGCCCUUCCCUCAGGUUUCUGGCAGGAUUGAAUAUGACUGCAAACACCUCUUUCUCCAAACCAAGACCCUUCAGCUCUGGAAACCCUUAGGAGGAAUUGUCAAUCCUGGAGGCUCACCCAGGGUCUUACCCUCUCCUUCCUCAGUGCAGCUGGAGGAACUGAGCUUGGCUGGUUCAAGAAGCCAAGCACAAAUCAGAAGAGGAGGAGAGUGGUUCAGGGAUAAGCCCUCCAUGGACCGUCCUUUUGCAUGUAUCCCAACUAAGGCUGCUGCCCUUAGUUCCCUCCUUCCUCCACAGCAAUCGUACCUCUUGCUGGUGGGGUUAGUUAUGUUGAGAGGAGAUACCAGGGCCUAAGAGGAAGGCUGACGGUUGAUAUUGCAGAAAGGCUCCCCCCCCCCCCCCGUCACUGCCAGGGCCUGCUGAGGGAGAGGGAGCCUGGCAGAGCUGAGGCUCCAUUCCCCAUUUCACCCUGAGCAUCUCCCCACUGCAGUCCCAGAGCUCCGACAGAGAUCAAAAAAAAGGGUGAUUUGAGUAUUGAAUAAGACAUUCUUUUGACUAGCCCUCUUUGAGUAGA